GAAAGAAUACUGUUCUCUUUCCCUCCUCUCUGUGUCAUUUUCGUUAGGCGCACAGCAAAACUACAAUGUCCAAGUCCAAGCCCGUCGCCGAUUCAACCAGCACCACCGCAGCUGUUCAAGCCACCAACGAUGACGCCUCUGCCAGUAAACUGUCCUGUGUGAAAAAGGGAUACAUGAAAGAUGACUAUAUCCAUUCAUUUGUGAGAAGGCCUGUCAGAAGAUCUCCAAUUAUCAACCGUGGAUAUUUUGCUCGUUGGGCUGCUCUUCGACAGCUCCUCUUUCAAUUUCUCGAUUCUGAGAUUGAUGGUAAUGAGAAGGGUCAGACGAAGAAGCAGAUAUUGUCACUUGGAGCAGGCUUUGAUACUACAUACUUCCAGUUGCAGGACGAAGGGAAGGCACCAUUUUUGUAUGUGGAGCUGGAUUUCAAGGAGGUCACUAGCAAAAAAGCAGCAAUCAUUGAAACCCAAAGUCAGCUGCGAGACAAACUUGGUGCUGCAGCUUCAAUUUCUCGAGAGAAAGGGGAAGUGCUUGGUGAUCAUUACAAGCUUCUCCCAGUUGACUUGCGUGACAUACCAAAGCUGGAUGAUGUCAUAGCUUCAGCUAAUAUGGAUCCUAGCUUGCCAACAUUUAUAAUUGCAGAAUGUGUUUUGAUAUACUUGGAUCCAGAUUCAACCCGCGAUAUAGUUGGCUGGGCUUCAAAAUCAUUUUCAACAGCUGUCUUUUUCCUAUAUGAGCAGAUUCACCCAGAUGAUGCUUUUGGCCAGCAAAUGAUAAGGAACUUGGAGAGUCGAGGGUGUGCACUACUGGGUAUUUACGCCACACCCACUCUACUUGCAAAAGAAAGACUUUUUAUCGAACAGGGAUGGCAGAGAGCUGUUGCUUGGGACAUGCUUAAAGUUUAUAGUGAUUUCAUUGAAGUUCCAGAAAAGCGCAGGAUCGAACGGCUGGAGCUAUUCGACGAGUUUGAAGAAUGGCACAUGAUGCAGGCAAGCCAACUACUGUAGCCUUCCUCCUCUGUGUUUUUUAUCCUUAUUUGUCUUAUGUUUAGGUAGCAGGGCGUGAAAAGUAUCAUAUAGAUUCUUUUCGAAUAAUAAUAAUAAUAAUGAUAAUAAUAAUAAUAAUAAUAAUAAUAAUAAUAAUAAUAUAUGUCAAAAUCGAAAAGAAUUCCCAUCUUGCAGCGUUUCGUAAUCAGGCUUUUUCUAGGGUGGUUGAUAGCUGUGCUGUGUCAAAUGCGUUGAUGCUUCUUGUCCUGGAUGCUGUUUUGUUUUUCAGGAGCACUACUGUGUGGCCAUUGCAAUCAAUGAUUCCAUGGGGCUGCUCGGGAAAUACGGAUUCUCAAACGGCCGCCACACAACACAAUCGUCGUGCUAGUUGCUUCUUUUUUGGCUGGGAGCUGAGAGCCUUUUACAUUCUUUUCUGUUCUGUUCUGUUGUGGUGACAGCAGGAGGGCUGCUACAUGUUGUUUGUCAUGACUCAUAGCACUGACUUUUUAACUAGAGAAGGAAGAUCCAUUCCAGAUAGAUGGUUUCCGAUUGCUUUGUGCUAGCUGUUUGGCACAAAGGAGAAAGGGAAACUGGCUGCACAUGGUGGGGUUCUUCCUCAUGUGCCUGCCUCUAAAUACACAUAUGUUGGUUGGCUUUUUAGUUGGUUGGUUGCUGAGAUUGUGAUGUUGGCCUGGAUUGCCUUUAUGGGUUCGGGGUCGGGCUGGCUGGAAGGGAAGCAAUCUCUUAAAAUUGUGACCGUCGAAUGCAGGCUGUUAUUAUAUGGUUGGUUGUGAACCGUAUCCGUUUUUUUUGUGUCCGUAAAAUGCGUAAUACAACAACAUAGUGUAGGGGUUGGAUA